UUUAAAUUCUCAAAAAUCAAACAGUUCUCAAACCAAAAGGGAAAAAUUUUAUAUCACACAAACCUCCAUGGAUACUCAUCGACUAUUGAAGCUCUUAGUUCUCUCAUGCGCAGUAACGGCGUCAGCGGCCUUUAACGUAUCGACGUUAUCUUUCGACGAGGGCUUCUCUCCUUUGUUCGGCGGCGAUAACGUCGUCAAGUCCCGAGACGGCAAAAACGUCAAGCUCCACCUUAACCGUUACUCUGGGUCGGGAUUUAUAUCGUCGGAUAUGUACGACCAUGGGUUCUUCAGCGCGUCCAUCAAGUUGCCAUCAGAUUACACCGCCGGUGUCGUCGUCGCUUUCUAUACUUCAAACGGCCACAUAUUUGAGAAGAGACAUGAUGAGCUAGAUUUUGAGUUUUUAGGCAACAUUAGGGGAAAGCCAUGGAGGAUUCAGACCAACGUCUAUGGCAAUGGAAGCACGAGUCGAGGACGUGAGGAACGAUAUACUCUACCGUUCGAUCCUACUGAAGAGGCUCACCGUUAUUCAAUUCUUUGGAGUGCUGAUAACAUCAUAUUCUACAUCGACGAUGUCCCGAUCCGAGAAGCCCGCAGGAGCGCCGCCAUGGGCGGCGAGUACCCGCCAGGCGGCGAGUACCCAUUAAAGCCCAUGUCCGUCUACGCCACAAUCUGGGACGGAUCCACGUGGGCCACCUCCGGCGGCAAGUACAAAGCCAGCUACAAAUACGCCCCCUUCAUCGCCGAGUUCUCCGACCUCGUCCUAAUGGGCUGCCGCACGAGCCCACUCCAAGAGUACCCCUCGGACCAGCAAUGCUCCGGGCCGGACUCCGAGCUCGCUGCGGCCGAAUUCUCGACGCUCAGCCCAAGAAAACGAGCUUCAAUGAGGAGGUUCAGAGAGAAAUACAUGACGUAUUCGUUUUGUUACGAUGUGUUGAGGUACCCGGACACGUUGCCGGAUUGUGACGUCAUCCCGUCGGAGAAGGAGAGGUUCUGGAAGUCCGGCGACACGAAGUUUAUUGUUGAGAAGGUGAGGAGAAGGGGACGGUCGAAACGUAGGGGGCAAGUUGAUGUGUGAGAAGGGGAGUAUAACUUUUGGAUUUUUUUUUCUUUUUUGUUUUUUCUAAUAAAUGGUUGAUUAGAUUAUUGUGAUGUUUAUAAGUCUUGGUUGUGUGAGUAUGUGUACAGAGUUCUUUUGAUUUUAGUUUGAUUAUUUGGAUCUAUAUGGGGUUAAAUAAAUAAAUUGUGCUGGUAUUUGAACG